GUUAAUGUAGUCCGCCGCAAUCUCACCGUCGGCGGGGAGAGAGGCAGAGUGAUUCCCACCCAAAAAACAGAGCCCUCCUCUGCUCGUCGCCACCGCCCAAAUUCGCCGUCCUCACCCAAUUCCUCUUAUCGGUGUCCAUCGUGUAGACCUCGAACCCCACCGUCCGGUAUGGAAAAACGGCAUGGUGGUUCUAUCCCUCCUCUGGAGGCUCCAUCUCCGGGUCAAUCAACACAUUCCAUUCCCCGACGACAUACUCACCUACAAUCCGUGCCACCAACAUCGACAUGGCAUCACUUUCGGGCUUCACAAGAUAGAACCUCGACACGCAGCAAUCUGUUUCCCCGACCAGAAACGACACCGGAACAGACUACUCCAAGCUCGUCACUUUCUCCGACGAGUCGGAGUCCUGAUCCCACCUGAUGUUCCACGCAUCAACGGAGUAGUUUUCACCCAAUGCGAACAGGAAUCCGUCUGAUGAAUUACACACAUCGUGGUACGACACCGAAUCCGCCCCGUCCAAUUCCGUCCACGAGUAAUCGUUGAACGGUGCACAAGUCAAAAUCCUCCGGCUUCCCUUGUCGUCGGCGAGCAGAACCACCGUGAAUCGACCCUGGCUCUCGUAGUCGCUUGGAUCAGAUGUAAUGAUGACCUUGUGGAAAAGUCUGUCGCGAAUUAUCCCAGUGGUGAUUUGACGGUUAAAACAGGGGGAUUUGAAUUGGUUGGCGUCGAUUUUAGGGAGCGGAUGUUGAGUUCCGUUGAGAGGGUUGGGAAGGAAAGGGACGAAGUAAGGAGCUUCGGAAUCGGAAAAGUAGUCGAGGAAGAUCAAGUAACCUUGAGAAGCGCCGACGCAGAAGGUCAAAUAGGUGUGAUCUUAAAUGUGGACUAAAUACUUUCUCACCUGAUCGACCAUGUAGCAAAGACUUCUAAUUUGCUUUGUUCCUCAUAGUAUUUACAUAUUAGAGAAUUGUUAUAUAAUUUUAGUGUUAUAUUUUUUUAUUGGAAUCUUAUAAGGUAUUUUUCAUUAUUAUCGUGUGAGUAGUGUGAGUAAUAUGAGUAGUACUAUUUUAUACUAUGAGUAUUGUUAUAUAACUAGGCAAAAUCAUAUUUCUUAACAGGGUCGUAGAGUUUGGGUAUUUUCCAUAUUAGUUUGAGUGUUUAUAUACAAUGUUAUACAUAUUUACACUAAUAUGGAAAAUAUCUAACUUCUACAACUAAGAAAAAAAAACUUUGUCUAAUUACAUAACAAAAUAUUACUCGUAUUACUCAUACUCUAAUAAUGGUAAGAGCUAGACAUCUACUCUCCAUAUCUGUGCAAAAGAUUGUCUACCGCUACCUCGAUUAAUUUGAACCAACCUACCGCAUCCUCAUCCGUUUAUAAAACCAAAAACAUCUACCAAACUCCUUUCCCUCCCUCCUCUCUUGCCAUAAUUUUCAUUCCUCUCAACCACAUAUUAUAACGUAUUACUUAAUUAGUUGGAAUUGUGGCGUUGCUUUUGAUUAAUUAGUUGGAUUUGUUCUUCAUACACCUAAAGUGGAAUAAUGAAGAUCACCUUGCUUGUGUCUCUACCUCUUGUUUGUUGCUGCUUCCCUUUCUCUUUCUACUGGUAAAUCUCCCUCAGCCUCGCCACAGCUGCUCAAAGGGUGUGGGUUCUCUGUCAUCUACAAUUUCGGCGACUCCAUGUCAGACACGGGCAAUGCCCUCAUGCAGUUCAACUUUGUCAGCUCGGGGAAGCACCCAUAUGGGAUGUCUGUCGGCGACGGGAAGCCGACCGACAAGUUCUCUGACGACUACCUCCUCAUUGACCGUAUCAGCAAUUGCCAAAACUUCAUUUUUUAUGUUUUCUUUUUCUUACGUAAAACAUGUAUAAUUUUUUUCACGUUUUCCAGCGGAGUUGGCGUGGUUGCCCCACUGUAACCCCUACCCGAGGAAGGAUCUAGACCACACCAAAGGCGCCAACUUCGGCGUAGCUGGAGUCGGGCUCCUGUCGAAGGCUCAGCGGGACAAGCUUUACAUACGCUUUAAGUAUUCUCAAAGUGGUUUGGAUGAGCAGCUCAAAUGGUUCAUCAACUUCUCAAAGGAGGCAUUCCAUAAUGAAUCAUGUCACAUUUAAUUACUCCUAACAAUACGACAUAUAAGAUACUCUCUCAAUCAAUUCUUCCCUUUUUUAAUUAUUUUAUGUCUCUUGAUUUUUUAGCCAGCAAUGCCUAUUUUGAGUCAACCCUCGUCAUACUCAGUGGUGGAGGGAAUACCUACGGCGGUUUUAAGAAAACACUCGAGGAGAAGAUGAUGAUCAUCCCCUACGUGAUUGCAGCUCUCAAAGAUGGAAUCAAGAUAAUUAAUUAUU